CGUGCUCGGGCGCCGAGUCUGCGCGCUGACGUCCGACGCUCCAGGUACUUUCCCCACGACCGACCGGGCUUGGCGUGGGGGCGGGGCGCGGCGCGCAGAGCGCAUGCGCCGCAGCACCAGCGCGCUCCCCGGAUCGUGCGGGGCCUGAGCCUCUCCGCCGGCGCAGGCUCUGCUCGCGCCAGCUCGCUCCCGCAGCCAUGCCCACCAGCAUCGAGCGGGAGUUCGAAGAGUUGGAUACUCAGCGUCGCUGGCAGCCGCUGUACUUGGAAAUUCGAAAUGAGUCCCAUGACUAUCCUCAUAGAGUGGCCAAGUUUCCAGAAAACAGAAAUCGAAACAGAUACAGAGAUGUAAGCCCAUAUGAUCACAGUCGUGUUAAACUGCAAAAUGCUGAGAAUGAUUAUAUUAAUGCCAGUUUAGUUGACAUAGAAGAGGCACAAAGGAGUUACAUCUUAACACAGGGUCCACUUCCUAACACAUGCUGCCAUUUCUGGCUUAUGGUUUGGCAGCAGAAGACCAAAGCAGUUGUCAUGCUGAACCGCAUUGUGGAGAAAGAAUCGGUUAAAUGUGCACAGUACUGGCCAACAGAUGACCAAGAGAUGCUGUUUAAAGAAACAGGAUUCAGUGUGAAGCUCUUGUCAGAAGAUGUGAAGUCGUAUUAUACAGUACAUCUACUACAAUUAGAAAAUAUCAAUUAUAUUGAGAACUUGUGGAUCACACUGUAUUUGAAAUUAUUAAUGCUGGAUGUUAAAAGGUCACUAAAAAGUGGUGAAACCAGAACAAUAUCUCACUUUCAUUAUACUACCUGGCCAGAUUUUGGAGUCCCUGAAUCACCAGCUUCAUUUCUCAAUUUCUUGUUUAAAGUGAGAGAAUCUGGCUCCUUGAACCCUGACCAUGGGCCUGCGGUGAUCCACUGUAGUGCAGGCAUUGGGCGCUCUGGCACCUUCUCUCUGGUAGACACUUGUCUUGUUUUGAUGGAAAAAGGAGAUGAUAUUAACAUUAAACAAGUGUUACUGAACAUGAGAAAAUACCGAAUGGGUCUUAUUCAGACCCCAGAUCAACUGAGAUUCUCGUACAUGGCUAUAAUAGAAGGAGCAAAAUGUAUAAAGGGAGAUUCUGGUAUACAGAAACGAUGGAAAGAACUUUCUAAGGAAGACUUAUCUCCUGCCUUUGAUCAUUCACCAAACAAAAUAAUGACUGAAAAAUACAAUGGGAACAGAAUAGGUUUAGAAGAAGAAAAACUGACAGGUGACCGAUGUACAGGACUUUCCUCUAAAAUGCAAGAUACAAUGGAAGAGAACAGUGAGAGUGCUCUACGGAAACGUAUUCGAGAGGACAGAAAGGCCACCACAGCUCAGAAGGUGCAGCAGAUGAAACAGAGGCUAAAUGAGAAUGAACGAAAAAGAAAAAGGUGGUUAUAUUGGCAACCUAUUCUCACUAAGAUGGGGUUUGUGUCAGUCAUUUUGGUUGGCGCUUUUGUUGGCUGGACACUGUUUUUUCAGCAAAAUGCCCUAUAAACAAUUAAUUUUGCCCAGCAAACUUCUGCACUAGUAGCUGACAGUGCUACAUUAAUCAUAGGGGUUUGUCUGCAGCAAACGCCUCAUAUCCCAAAAGCGGUGCAGUAGAAUAGACAUCAACCAGAUAAGUGAUAUUUACAGUCACAAGCCCAACAUCUCAGGACUCUUGACUGCAGGUUCCUCUGAACCCCAAACUGUAAAUGGCUGUCUAAAAUAAAGACAUUCAUGUUUGUUAAAAACUGGUAAAUUUUGCAACUGUAUUCAUACAUGUCAAACACAGUAUUUCACCUGACCAACAUUGAGAAAUCCUUUAUCACAGGAUUUGUUUUUGGAGGCUAUCUGGAUUUUAACCUGCACUUGAUAUAAGCAAUAAAUAUUGUGGUUUUAUCUACGUUAUUGGAAAGAAAAUGACAUUUAAAUAAUGUGUGUAAUGUAUAAUGUACUGUUGACACGGGCAUCAACACUUUCUAUUCUUCAGCAUUUCAGGGUAAAUAUAUUUUAUAAGUAUCUAUUUAAUCUUUUGUAGUUAACUGUACUUUUUAAGAGCCCAAUUUGAAAAAUCUGUUACAUAAAAAAUAAAUUGUAUGUCGAUUCAAUUGUACUGGAUACAUUUUCCAUUUUUCUAAAGAGAAGUUUGAUAUGAGCAGUUAGAAGUCGGAAUAAGCAAUUUCUACUAUAUAUUGCAUUUCUUUUAUGUUUUACAGUUUUCCCCAUUUUAAAAAGAAAAGCAAACAAAGAAACAAAAGUUUUUCCUAAAAAUAUCUUUGAAGGAAAAUUCUCCUUACUGGGAUAGCCAGGUAACAGUUGGUCAAGACUUUGUAAAGAAAUUGGUUUCUGUAAAUCCCAUUAUUAAUAUGUUCAUUUUUCAUGAAAAUUUCAAUGUAGUUGGGGUAGAUUAUGAUUUAGGAAGCAAAAGUAAGAAGCAGCAUUUUAUGAUUCAUGAUUGCAGUUUACUAGACUGAAGUUUUGAAGUAAACACUUUUCAGGUUCUUUCUACUUCAAUAAAUAGUAUGAUUAUAUGC